CCCGCAACCUCAUGGUUCCUAGUCGGAUUCGUUAACCACUGCGCCACGACGGGAACUCCUUUUAUUUUAUUUUAUUUUAUUUUUUUUUGUCUUAAACUUUUGAUAUAGAUUUUUCUCUUAAACCUCACAUGGCUGUGGGCAGAUAUGCACAAUAAAUUUUAGAUUCUCUAUAAAGUACUGGAUAAAGUAAGAUAUAAAUGACAAUAAAAUUAGGAAGAUACUGAGAAAUUGACUAAAGUUGGGUAUCAUGCCAAAAAAUUAGCACACCUGUGAUACAGAAGGUGUGGGAAUUGCUGAUAAAUUAUGCAGAUGAUACAAUAGCAGAGAUAUAAGUGCAUCUAGAACAAGACGACUAACAGUGUAAUAACUGUAGUGGUAGUGACCAUCCCCCUGCACCUGCCACAUAAGCCAUAUGGAAGUGAUCAUAAUUUGAUUAGGUAUUAUUGAUUACCUACUCUGUGUAAAGCCUUUGAUGAGUUCAGGAAAUACUCCUGCCUUUCUCAGUGUGGAUAUUGACAGAUAUAUGGUUAACAGUGAUGGUAAAAACAAUGAAGUCUGAUAAUAAUAAUAGCUUACAUAUAUAUAGUGCAUACCAGAUGAAAGGCAGGGUUCUAAGCAUUCUAUUAUAUUAAACUAAUUUUACCUGACAGUUCUGUAAAAGAGCACAUUUAAAUACCUUACUUUAACAUAUGAAAACAUUGAUGCAUGGAGAUCUCACUUAAGUGGCUUACCUGAGGUCACACAGCUGGAUAAUGGCUUUACAGCUGUGAGUCUAACUGUGUACCAGGUGCUUUGUACACAUAGCAAAUCUUCCACAAAACCCUGAGGGAUGAAGAUGGGCUCCAUUUUGUAACUUGUCUGAGGUCACACAGCUAAUAUUAGUAGAAUGCUAAUUGAGAUAGGUCAGAUUCAAAGCCUGUUUUUUUUUUUCCCAUGAUACCCCACUGCCCUUUUGACCAGUCUUGAAAAACAGCAACAACCAUCACAACCCCCGCCCCAAAAUCAAAUCCCUUGAAUCAGCUCUGCUUCUCUACAGACCUGAUGGUAAAGUAAAAUUUUUAUACUCUAAAGACCAAAGCAGAAAAGAAGAUAGAAAAUUUUACAAAUAUGAGUCUAAGAAUGACCUUAAAUCUUUACCCUGAGCAUUUGUAGAUGAGAACUUGGGAGAAAAAAUCUACACAAAACUCAGAUAAAUGGUAUGAUUACAAAAACAAAGGCUGGCCAAGCAAACUUUUCUCUUUGAAGGCUGAGGGAAGAUAAUUUUGAUACCUAGAGAACCUUAUUUUAUCAACAAACCUUAAGCUUCAAAGUACUUUACAGGACAGAGCACAGGCUUAAAAAAAUGAUCAAAAGUACUUUUAAGGGAUAAUGGACUUAGAACACAAGUGAAAGACAAGGAUAAUGACUCUAAGUGAAAUUAAUUGGCAAAUGAGACAUGAUAUUGUGAAAACUGGAAGGUGGAAAACAUAAAACUACAAGUGGGAUUUCAGGCUGCCAAGACGUAUAAAACCAAGUGGGACUGGAGAGGAGGGAUUGCAAGCCAAGUGCUAGAAUUAUUAUUCUCAUUAGAAAGGAGUUCAAAGUUUUCUUGGUUAAUAAUAGGAAUGAAUAAUAGAAGUUACGAGAACAUUUGUUGUAUUAAAAUAUGUUAAUGUUAAAAAUGUUAGAAAAGCGUGAGAGUGAGCCAGCCGGCCACUCAUGAUUCCUAUUAAAAGGAUUUCAAAGCAAAUGGUAGAAGUAGUAAAAACAGUUGUAAUUGUAUUAAAAUGUGUUGAUGUCAAAAAAUGUUAGAAAAAGUGUUAGAUUAAUUAUAGUUAUUUUCUGACUUCAUUUAGAAAUGAAGAAAUGUUGGAAAAUAGUGAUUCCCACUAGUUCCUGUUCUUUUUCUUUCUCACAUCAGCACAGGCAUGCUCUAUCCUCAUUCAAGUCUUUUGAUCUCUAACAAGGUUUGGAAGGGAGAUGAACUCAUCUGAGUGCUGAGAAAGUUAUCCUGCCUUAAACUCUGAAAGUUCAGUAAAUCUGAACACUUAGUAAAACUUUUAUGAGUAUAUUUCAUGCACGAAGGUAGAUGGGAAAUUUCUAAAGGUUUUUUUUUUUUCCUGUUUUUUUCAUACCUGAGGUUCUUAAAAAUAAAUUUGAAUAUUAUUGGAGUAUGGUUGAUUUACAAUGUUGUGUUAAAAUCUACUCAAUAGUUUGUAAUAAUUUAUAUGGGAAAAAAGAAUGGAUAUAUUCAUAUGGAUGUUUGAUUUAAAGGGUUUUUUCCUUGAGCUGAAUUAUUGAUCCUAUUCAGGAAAUGCACAGGCUUAUGUAAGUUGGCAAAAAUUUAACCAAGUAGUUUUGGAUGCUUUUAAAGAAAGCCUUCCAUCUAAAAAUUGUGAUUUGAACACUUUAAUUUAUUCCUAGAAUCUUGAGAUGUCUUGUUGAUGUUACAGUUACUGGAUGGAAGCUCUUGGUGCCUGCAUGAGCUUUGUGAUUGGUAGAACAGUGACCAUUUGGAUUUUCCAAAAAGUGUUCAUUCAUUGUGACAUAUGGCUGACUUUCAGCAGUCAAUGCUACAGUGAUGUCACCAAGAUGCCCUACAACAUGAGCCCCUUCCAUUUCCCUCCCACCCAUUUAAAUGGGGCUUUGUAUGUUUCCACAAUCACUUCUCUUUUAACUCAGAAUAAGAGGUUAAGAGUGGAGUGAAAAUUAUGGCUGGCCCAGUAUCAUUCUGGGUGUGUGAGCUUGGACAGUCACUGGACCUCUUUGGGCCCACACUGUAAUGAUGUGCCUGUGUUUCUCUGAGACCAGACUAGCAUAACGGCAAAACUUUCUAUUCCGGCGUGUGUGGGUGAAUCGAUGAUUCAUUGUCCUUUUUUAAAAAAUAGAAAUAAAAAUGAUUUUAAAAAUUCAGUAUGUUCACAAUGUGCCUGCCCCAUGCCUAGCAAUAUGUAUGUUUGACUUAACUACUUUCCUAAGAAGUUUUGAGGCAACCUAUGAAAAGAAUGUGAAGCUCAAAGGAGUAAAAAUGCAUGAGGAAACUGGGAUGGGCAGGGUAAUUUUAGGUAGGCCCCAAAAUGUGUGCUAGAAGGUCCUAUUGCUUGACUGGCAGUGUGUUGAGUCCUACUGGGGCUAGUAAAGGGGUAUAAAUUCUGCUUUCGACCUUCAAGGAGCAUGUAUAAUCUACUCAAGAAGAGAAGACCAGUUCAUAAGAACAAAUUUGAUGUUAGAUAAUAAUGAAAAGGAAAUGCUAAAUUCUAAUUGUGUGAUGUGGCCUCAAAAUGUUAGGGAAAUGAAAACUCAAGGUGAGUGAAUGCAUUUGAGGAAGUGUUGCCAGAGGAAUCAGGAAAUGAUUUGAGCCUGGCUUCUUUAUUUGUACCACCACCCUUAGAAAGGCGAGACAGGAGCAAAGCUCUGAAGUCCUACUGAAUUGGGGGUGGGGGUGUGUCAUGGGAACUUAUAGUUCAGGUAGCUGAGACCUGACUGUUUAAAAGAAUUUGCAUAUGAGGUAAGAGGCUCUCAGGAGCUGAGGGGUCACCAGUGAAAAAGGAUUUUAUUAGCUCUCCAGGUUAUAUAGAUGGGAUAUCCAAAUGGAAAGCCCAGGUUGAUAUGGAAUGUCACUUUGGUGGGGUUAGAGCUAGAGGUUAGCAGAUAUCAGUUGGAAGGAGGGUAAAGCAAGGGGAAAAAGAGAACUUGGUAAGGAGUGUUGGCUGCAAGGUGUAGGGGUGGAAGCUCUCCAACAAGUUAGAGAAGGGGAGGGAGAGGACCCAAGAAGGAGCAGAGAGCUGCUGAGAGCAAAGAGAAGAGGGUGAGAGGGGAGCCAGCCAUGGGGUGUCAGGAAGGAGCCCUUCAGGAAACAGGGAUGGGUAACCAUAUCUGAUGGUAGGGACUCAUGAGUUUUUAAAGCUGAGGCAAAACAUCUUUAAGUCACAAGGAAGCAAUUGGAGGACCUGAAGAAAGCAGUUUGUUCUUUUUGAAAGUGGGGUUUGGAAGUCAGGGAGGGCAGGGGAAAAAACAAGCAAAAAAGAAGGGAGUGGGGUGUAGCCCACUUAAUAAUUUGCAAUGAAAAAGGAGAGAAGAGUAUAAAAGCUUUCAGGCUCACUGAAACGAAGCAUUUUUGAACCAGUCUUCUCACAUUUUGGCUACCCAAGUACAAAAAAUCUGUGGAAAAGUAAAAUUAAAUAUUUUCUCUGGGACACUCUUGGGAUAGCAACAUCUUGGGACACAUCCCAGUCCUGCUUUGAUGGUUGGCACGCUAGAAAAUUUGGGUCUCUCUUUCUUUUCUUCAUGAGCAGCCUGGUUGCUGCUGUAGAUCCUCAGCAAGAGGCCUCAUAACCAAAGCAAUUUAGGCUCCAGCUGAAGAGUACAGGAUAACCGUAUCCACACAUCCAAGUACAAUAUCCUCACCUUCUUGCCAAUUAAUUUAUUUGAACAGUUCCAAAGAGUGGCAAAUGCAUAUUUCCUUUUCCUUCUGAUUUUACAGCUGAUUCCAGAAAUUUCCUCCUUGACAUGGUUUACCACCAUUGUGCCUUUGGUCCUGGUGGUAACUAUGACAGCUGUCAAAGAUGCCACAGAUGACUAUUUUCGCCACAAGAGCGAUAAUCAAGUGAAUAAUCGGCAAUCUGAAGUGCUCAUCGACAGCAAACUGCAGAAUGAAAAGUGGAUGAAUGUCAAAGUCGGAGACAUCAUUAAGUUAGAAAAUAACCAAUUUGUUGCUGCUGAUCUGCUUCUCCUAUCAAGCAGUGAGCCAUAUGGCCUCUGUUAUAUUGAAACUGCUGAGCUAGAUGGAGAAACGAACCUUAAAGUACGCCAUGCACUAUCAGUUACCUCAGAACUUGGAGCAGAUAUUAACAGACUUGCUGAGUUUGAUGGGAUUGUUGUCUGUGAGGCGCCUAACAACAAAUUAGAUAAAUUCACAGGAGUCCUCUCUUGGAAGGAGAGUAAGCACUCCCUCAGCAAUGAGAAGAUAAUCCUGAGGGGCUGUGUCCUGAGAAAUACCAGCUGGUGUUUUGGAAUGGUUAUUUUUGCAGGUCCUGACACUAAACUAAUGCAGAACAGUGGUAAAACAAAUUUUAAGAGAACAAGCAUUGAUAGAUUGAUGAAUACUCUAGUACUGUGGAUUUUUGGGUUUCUGAUAUGCUUGGGAAUUAUUCUUGCAAUAGGCAAUACCAUUUGGGAGAAUGAAGUUGGGGACCAAUUCAGAACUUUCCUCUUUGGGAACGAAGGAGAGAAGAACUCGGUGUUCUCGGGAUUCUUAACAUUCUGGUCAUAUAUUAUUAUUCUUAAUACAGUUGUACCCAUUUCAUUAUAUGUGAGUGUGGAAGUAAUUCGUCUGGGACACAGUUAUUUUAUAAACUGGGAUCGGAAGAUGUAUUACUUUGGGAAGGCGACACCUGCUGAGGCCCGGACAACCACGCUCAAUGAGGAACUAGGCCAGAUUGAAUAUAUUUUCUCUGACAAAACGGGUACCCUCACUCAAAACAUCAUGACUUUUAAAAAAUGCUCCAUUAAUGGGAAAAUCUAUGGUGAAGUACACGAUGACCAGGGUCAAGAGAUAGGCAUGACUAAGAAAAAAGAGGCUGUGGGUUUCUCAGUUGACCCCCAAGCAGAUAGAACAUUUCAAUUUUUGGACCACCAUCUGAUGGAAUCCAUUAAACUGGGUGAUCCCAAAGUUCAUGAAUUCCUUAGGGUACUUGCUCUCUGCCACACCGUAAUGUCAGAGGAAAACAGUGCAGGACAGCUGAUUUACCAAGUUCAAUCACCUGAUGAAGGGGCCUUAGUGACUGCUGCAAAAAAUUUGGGGUUCAUUUUUAAGUCUCGGACCCCAGAGACAAUAACAAUAGAAGAGUUGGGAACACUAGCUACUUAUCAAUUGCUUGCCUUUUUGGAUUUCAACAAUUUCAGAAAAAGGAUGUCUGUCAUAGUACGAAACCCAGAAGGGCAGAUAAAGCUUUAUUCCAAAGGAGCAGACACUAUUCUGUUUGAAAGACUUCAUCCAUCCAACGAGGACCUUCUGACUUUGACGUCAGACCACCUCAGUGAAUUUGCGGGAGAAGGCCUUCGAACCUUGGCCAUAGCAUGCAGAGAUCUGGGUGACACGUACUUCAGAGAGUGGCAUAAGAGGCUUGAAGAUGCAAAUGCUGCCACAGAUGAGAAGGAUGAACUGAUAGCAGGGCUGUAUGAAGAAAUUGAAAGGGAUUUGAUGCUACUAGGUGCCACUGCUAUAGAAGAUAAGUUACAAGAGGGUGUUACUGAAACAAUUACAAGUUUAAAUCUAGCCAAUAUUAAGAUUUGGGUCCUAACAGGAGACAAACAAGAAACUGCCAUCAAUAUUGGCUAUGCUUGCAACAUGCUGACUGAUGACAUGAAUGAAGUGUUCAUUAUAGCAGGGAACACAGCCACAGAGGUCAGAGAAGAACUCAGGAAAGCAAAGGAAAAUUUGUUUGGACAAAACAGAAGUUUUUCCAAUGGCCAUGUAGUUUUUGAAAAAAAGCAGCCGCUAGAGCUGGACUCAGUUGUAGAAGAAACUGUAACAGGAGAUUAUGCCUUAAUCAUAAAUGGCCACAGUUUGGCCCAUGCUCUGGAAAGUGAUGUCAAGAACGAUCUUCUAGAACUUGCCUGCAUGUGCAAGACUGUGAUUUGCUGCCGAGUCACCCCACUCCAGAAAGCCCAAGUAGUUGAGCUGGUGAAGAAGCACAGAAAUGCCGUGACUUUGGCCAUUGGUGAUGGAGCCAAUGAUGUCAGCAUGAUCAAAAGUGCUCACAUAGGUGUUGGCAUCAGUGGCCAGGAAGGACUGCAGGCGGUCCUAGCCAGCGACUACUCAUUUGCACAGUUCAGAUACCUCCAGAGGCUUCUCCUUGUUCAUGGAAGGUGGUCCUAUUUCCGAAUGUGCAAAUUUUUAUGCUAUUUCUUCUAUAAGAAUUUUGCAUUCACGCUUGUGCAUUUCUGGUUUGGUUUCUUCUGUGGUUUCUCAGCCCAGACUGUUUAUGACCAGUGGUUCAUUGCCCUUUUUAACAUUGUCUACACAUCACUGCCUGUUUUAGCCAUGGGGAUUUUUGACCAGGAUGUCAGUGACCAGAACAGCAUGGAUUAUCCCCAGCUCUACAAACCUGGACAGCAGAAUUUACUUUUUAACAAGUGUAAAUUUUUCAUCUGUGUGGCACAUGGAAUCUACACCUCAUUAGCCCUUUUCUUCAUCCCAUAUGGGGCCUUUUAUAAUGCAGCUGGAGAAGAUGGACAGUACAUUGCAGACUACCAGUCCUUUGCAGUUACCAUGGCCACAUCUUUGGUCAUUGUGGUCAGUGUGCAGGUUUUUGGUGUGGUGACAUUUUUACCGAUAAUAGAGUUGUUGCCUCUCUUACUUCUGGUGUCUGCCCCCCUGUGGCUGAAGUUGAUAGCCUUGGAUACCAGUUACUGGACUGUCAUUAAUCAUGUUUUCAUCUGGGGCAGCAUUGCCACUUACUUCUCCAUUUUAUUUGCAAUGCACAGUAAUGGCAUCUUUGGCAUCUUCCCAAAUCAGUUUCCAUUUGUUGGAAUUGCAUGGCAUUCCUUGAACCAGAAGUGCAUCUGGCUUGUUGUUCUCUUAACGACAGUGGCUUCAGUUAUGCCUAUAGUGACAUUCAGAUUUUUGAGGGUGGAUUUAUUCCCAACCCUAAGUGAUCAGAUCCGCCAGUGGCAGAAGGCUCAAAAGAAGGCGAGGCCCCUGUAUAGCCGAAAGCCUCAGACUCGGAGAUCAAGCUCAAGAAGAUCUGGAUAUGCUUUUGCUCACCAAGAAGGCUAUGGAGAGCUUAUCACAUCUGGAAAAAAUAUGCGUGCUAAAAAUCUACCUCCAACAUCAGGGUUGGAAAAGACACCAUCUAAUAGCACUAGUUGGAUUGAAAAUUUAUGUAAGAAAGCCACAGACACAGUGAGCAGCUUUAGCCAGGAUAAAACAGUGAAACUGUGAGUCAAGAUGAAUUUGAACCACACUGUUAUCUUUUCACUUCACCUGGAGCUGAAAUAAGCUGGCCCCAGAGUUUGGGAUCAGGGUCUAAGGGUGGGGCAGAUGGCCUCACUUAACCUAAAUCUGUGGCAGAUAGUGGCCACGUGCCCAUCCAAAAGGUUGUACUCUAUUGAAAACCAGGCCAGGGAUCACUGUCUAAUUCGUGAAUUGGUGGACAAGACGCUCAAAACAUCAGCAGUUUUUAUUAACCUACAUACCAACUGAUUUGAAUUUUAGGAUCCUAUUUCUGGAGAAAUACUUGUAAAUCUGUAUCUAUAGAGAAUGGGUAUUUUGGUGGGUAAGAGGGUGCCUUCAUAAGCUAUUUAGCUGAAAAGCAUCCUUGUGACAGACUAACAUGUAUGUAAGAUCAGCUAUUCCAAAGAUACAUUUUUAAGAUGUCAAAUGUGUACUAAGGUGCUUUCAGACUUACAGCAGCUUGUCAGUCUCUAAUCUUUAUCUCUACCUUUGUCUUCUGCCAGGACAAUGUAUCACCUUCAUGCCUGAAAAGUAGAAAAACGUGUUGGUGUUCUUCACUGUUUUUGGUCUAGAGACAAAGUACAUGGAGCAUUCUUUACAGUGGGAUAGGAUUAUUGUUUGGCCAUAUCUAUUCAAAAAAUUCUCAGGGUCAUGUUCAUGAAAUGUCAAAGAGACUCUCUAGAAAGUAUUCUAAAUACUUUUUAAUGACUUGUGUAACAAACCUCAGGAGUUAUUUGCUCUGCAUCAUCCAGACCUAUUAAUGGAAUCAGAAAACCACUGGAAUUUCAUACUUUGAUGAUAAUAUUCCAUAUAUUAUACUUUAAACAUUUCCACCUUUAGAAAGUACAGAUUUGAAACCAAACAAAUUACUUAAUUACUAUUUAAAUAUGUAGGUUUAGGUCAUUCAGAGUUAGUUGCUUUUGAUACUCAGCUGUCAUAUUUAUAAUUCAAACAUAUGCGGUUGUUUUUUGGAGAUGUUCCAGUCCAAAUUUCAGUCCCCAUGUGAGUCUCCAGUGUAGUAUCUGUGAAAGAAUUCAAGCAUAUUUGUGUUCCAUUUCUGGAUCUAUCACUUUUUACCUCUGUAACUUUGAGCAGGUAAUGUUCUUCCUCUGAGAUUCAGUUUCUUCCUCUGUAAAAGGAGGAUAUGCUACCUACCUCAUGUGGUUGUUUGAAGAUUGUUGAAGUACCAACUCUUAAAUCAUUAAAAAUAUAAAUCUCAUGUGAAUAGAUGAUGAGUUAGGUUCCAUUUAAUUCCUUAUCAGAAUAACAGAGCAAUUUGAAAACAGCAAACAUGAAGAGCUGGAAUUUGCAUAAUCAGUGGGAAAGGGUUCAAUGAAAUGAGACUGCAAAGUAAGAUAUAAAACUGGUUAAUGUCCUGAAGGGAAAUAACCUUGGAGGUAAAUUUCUCUAUCAGAGAGCAAAAAUAAAUCAUUAUCAUGCCUUAUCAAUUUUCUACAAAUCAGCCUCCAACUCUACAGAGACCUCGAUCUGGUCUCUGUUGAAUUAGUAAUCAAAUAAUUAAUAUUCCCCAAGAGAGUCAGAUGGCUCUUGGAUAGGCUUGGUGGAUAAUGAGCUGGUAUAUUAAUGGAUCAACAAAUUUUGGGAGACUUAAUUUCCAAGUUGGAGGUAACUUUUCCUAAAUGGGAUACAUGUAAAGAAGCCUAAUACAGUGCUUUAAUCAUAUUUUAUGCUCAUAGAUGUCUGCUUUUCUUUUAUAUACCUGUGUAGACUUAUCUAGAUGUUAGUUUUCAAUGUCUAAUUUGUCAUUAGUUUCACUGUGCUUGUUUGAUUUUUAGUAACAUUUUUGAUAGAUUUGAAAACUUUCAGUAAAUAUUUUGGCAGUACGAGGGUGUUUGAUAUUUUGUCUCUUUAUUGGAAACUCAUUGGGAAGACUUAUUUCAUUGAUGAACUGAUUUUUUCCCUCUCCUUUACAUGCCUAGGCAAAAUGUACAUCAUUCUUAAGAUCAGUGUCAAGAAUAAAAUAAACCAAUUU